ACGGCGAGAAAAUCGGAGAAAGGAAAAGAGAGAAAUCCUCACAGAAAUCAAGCUAGGGUUUUGGCGCGAAGAAGAAUGGGCAAGAAGAAGGUGGAGAUGAAGCGAAUCGAGGACAAAAGCACUCGUCAAGUAACGUUUUCGAAGAGGCGCAACGGAUUGAUGAAGAAGGCUCGCGAGUUAUCCAUUCUCUGCGACGCCAAAGUGGCUCUCGUCAUAUUCUCCAGCACCGGGAAGCUCUUCGAGCUUUGCAACGGUGACAGUUUGACCAAGGUCCUCCAGCGAUACUGGGAUUGUUUAGAAGCAAGCGACGCAGCCUCAAAGCCGGAACUCCUAUUUGAAAUUGCGGAUAUCUGGUCUGGUGCAGCGUUUUCUCAAUUGGUCAAAAGGCACUUUGGUGUUUCUGAACCUGAGCAUUUGAGUGUGACUGAACUUAUGGAACUAGAGAAACUGAUUCACACUGCACUUUCGCAAAUCAGAUCAGCAAAGGUACGAUUGAUGAUUGAAUCUGUGGUGAACCUUAAGAAAAAGGAACAUAUCUUGAGCAAAGAAAAUGAGCUUCUGGAGAAACAGAUAGCGGCACAAGAAAAAGCUAGUGACAUCGAUAAGGCAAUUACACGCUCUAUGGAAGGUGCUAAAACCGAUCCGGUCGUGCAUAAUCUGUUUCCUGGUCUCUGAUGCAGCUAACUUGCACUCAGUCAUCAAUUUAAUGUGUGCAUAAUGCAUGUCAUAAGCAACCAUGUCAUGAUAGUUGA